CAGACACUGAUUUCUCUUUUCUCGCCCGAUCUAGAAAAUCACGUCCGAGAUGGCAGAGUUUCUGCAGGCUUUGCGGCAGAAGGUGAAAGUCGGCGUCGUGGGGGGCUCGGACUUCGAAAAGAUUCAAGAACAGCUGGGGGCGGACGUGGUUGGAAAAUAUGACUAUGUUUUCCCAGAGAAUGGUCUGGUGUCCUACAAAGAUGGAAAACUUCUUAGCAAACAGAGCAUUCAGGACCACCUGGGCGAAGAGGUGCUCCAGGAUUUGAUCAACUAUUGCCUGAGUUACAUUGCAAAAAUUAAGCUGCCCAGGAAAAGGGGCACUUUCAUUGAAUUCCGAAACGGGAUGCUGAACGUUUCCCCCGUUGGCAGAAGCUGUAGCCAAGAGGAGCGGAUGGAGUUUUUUGAACUCGAUAAGCGGGAGCACAUCCGAGAGAGAUUUGUAGCCGAUUUACGCCGUGACUUUGCAGGAAAAGGCCUCACGUUUUCCAUAGGAGGGCAGAUCAGUUUUGAUGUAUUCCCCAACGGUUGGGACAAGCGGUACUGUUUAGGAAUUGUUUCUCAGGACAACUUCGAAAAGAUCUACUUCUUUGGAGAUAAGACCAUGCCGGGUGGGAACGACUAUGAAAUUUACACGGACCCCAGAACCCUCGGCCACAGCGUCUCUUCGCCCGAGCAGACGAGAGAAAUUUGCGAAGCCUUAUUUCUUAAAUAGAUGAUGGACGUCCUUUGCACUGAAGGAAAGCAAGCCAGGUUCAGGACCAAUAUUUGAAAACUGUCGGAGGAAAGGUUGGGGUAGAGUCAGCACUGCGCGGGAGGAGUCCCAGCUAUCCUGCCCAGUUGGCUGUUCUGAGUUCACACAUUGCACUAAGCUAUGGUUUCUUCCCCUCCAUUUGAGGAAGGAACAGUUGGGUUUGCACUACACAAUGAGCCCUAAACCAGGGGUCACCAACCAUCAUCGCACAGCUCGCUUCCCCAGGAUAACACAGCAGGUUUGAUGGCUUGGCGCAGUUUGUGGACCAGAUCUGUCUUGAGAAGGAAGCGGCCAUUUUCCAAGUGGAAAGCAGAGGGGUGGGGGGUGGGGGUCUCAAGUAUGGAGUCACCCAGACUCCUAACCUCUGGUGGGAGGCCUUGCACCGGUAGUCUGGCUUCGGGGACGAGUCCUCGCAGUGGAGACAUUUUCUCAGCGUGGAAGCAACGGCAGGGUUCGAUUUGUCUCCGAAGGCCGGUUUCUGAUGCACCUCAGAAUGCCCCUCGUCCCCAAGCAAUUUGUGGGAACAGCUCACGAGACGUGCACGGCUUCACGUGUGCCGAGGCCUCCCAGAAGCCAUCUGUGGGGUAAGAAAUACUCCACUGGCCAUAAAUAGGUAAUCCACCCUCUUAUGUUUUUCUAGCUGCUGAGUAGCUCUCAAACACUACUGUUGGGUCACGGUUCAGUCUUUCCGCAACGGAAAUGUCCAGUGACAUUUGGGUGCCUUCUGACCCCAUUCUCCCUCCCUCCAUUCUCCCUCCGCCCCUACAACCUGGUCCUUCCCCACACUGUGUGCAGAGCCAUUUUUGGGAAGGUAGUCCAAAACAUCUGGAGAACGUUCAGAGAGGUCCUUUCUUUUCCCUGAAUCCACCCUUGUUCUGAACCCUUCGUCACUCUGGGGCAGCAUUUGGUGGUUCCUUUUAUGUUUGGAAUUUAAUGGACUGGAGAAAGAGUGGAAGAGACCACAGUGCCUCCCGCGGGCAUUUUAAAGUCUAAAAAGAUGGGUCAACUUGCUCGAUCUGCCGUUAGAUUUCUGGAAACUAAACAUACAGUAAACAUCAAUCUGGAUCAUCUCUCAUUAAAAUCUCUCUGAAUAGUC